AUGACCCAGCUCCUAGGGAUAGAUUUCGCUCCCCUAAACGUCCCAUGGGAGCGGCGACUUCAAACCUUGGGAGCCAUACAUUUCGUCAUGAUAUCAUUAAUACUGCCAGUACUGACGAUGCUUCUACCUAUUUAUUUGUUCUUCUCCUGCCUAUGGCCCCUGGUAGUCGCCUACUCCGUAUGGUUAUAUUAUGACUGGGAUUCACCAAGACGAGGAGCGUAUCGUUCUACCUGGUUCAUGCGACAACGAAUCCAUGACUGGUACGCCAACUACUUCCCAGUCAAAUUGCACAAAACUGCAGAACUCAGUCCUGAUGAGAAUUACCUGAUUGGAAGCCACCCGCACGGAAUAAUUUCGAUGUCCGCAUUUGUGAACUUUGCUACAAAUGGAACAGGAAUACUGGAAAUGUUUCCAAAGAUCGAUUUCCAUCUGUGCACUCUCGUUGGCCAGUUCUACACACCUGUUCGAAGGGAGUGGGGUCUUUUGCAUGGGAUGAUUGACUGCAGCAGGGAAAGUCUGACUCAUAUACUAACUGGGAAGAAGGGAAAAGCCUGUGUGCUAGUAAUUGGUGGAGCCGAGGAAGCACUUGACGCACAUCCUGGACAUCAUAUACUAACGAUUCAUAAACGCAAAGGAUUUAUUCGGCUGGCCUUGAUGACCGGUGCCCAAUUAAUCCCUUGUUAUUCAUUCGGCGAAAAUGAAAUUUAUGACCAGGUCGACAACCCGAAAGGCUCCACCACAAGAAUGAUCCAAACUAUGCUAAAAGACAUUCUUGGCUUCUCACCUCCCAUCUUCCAUGGUCGAGGAAUCUUCAACUACAAUUUUGGGUUACUACCUUACAGGAAACCAAUAAACACAGUGUUGGGGGCUCCAAUCAAAGUUGUCAAAACUCCCAAUCCUACGCAAGAACAAGUUGAUGAACUGCACAAAACGUACAUCACAAGACUGCAAGAACUAUUCGAAGCAAACAAGACAAAAUAUGGCGUUCCAGCUCAAGCUCAACUGGUACUUAUAUGAACGAAGCACUGCCGCUAUUGUUAUCCUCUGACCUUACCAUACGAGUAUGAUCAUUAUCAUUGUCAUUUCUUGAAUUGUUUGUUAGAUCUCUCUUGCUUUGUUUGCUUUUUCAUGUGCUCUGUCAACCCGGUGUCAAAUCAGUCACACGACC